AAAUACACCCUGCUGUUCCAGGCUGUGCUGAUACAGCUCCUAUCUGCGCGAURAGCGGGUUUUUACAAUAAACAAGAAGGCGAGGGAUUUGGGGGUUAGAUACGGACUUCGUACUAUUAUGAUUUUUUUUUUCUGUUAACGACUUAGGUUAUAUAUGUAAAAUCAUGUUGGUGUUUUUUCCAUAGCCAAACCAAUUUCAUUAGGCAGCUUUCGUGACAUCACUGGAAGGAACUGCCAAGAAAUCGUUCUAAUGCAACCAUAUGCCGAUGCCUUGACUUUAUAGGCUACUGCUAAUUUUCUGGGAUGCUCUGGGCUAUAUCAUACUCAAGACGUGGGGCGUUUAGUGUAAAUCCGCUGUUUUCCCAGCAGAACAACCCAUUUGAAAUCGUACGGUAUCUUCAUUUUGUCACACGCGCCUUUGGUUCCUUUUGUGGCGCCGGGGCUGCGAAAGGAGGAGGUUGAAUUUGAAACAAUAGAGCGCAAAAUACAGCCCAAGCACAAGGACGGAAACCCACCACUGAACAGCGAGCGCCUGUGACAAAGAACUCAAGAACAUGAAGAAGCCAGCUCGCGCUGCACUGAUUUGGUUGAAGUAAUCACUGGAUAUAUUUCGGGCUACAUUGUCUCUUGAAAUCCUCAAGCAGAAAACAUGAAUUCUGCUGAAGCAGCCGAGGAGGGACCGAAUGAUUCAGAUACGGAUGCGUUUUUCAAAACAGGGUCCUUCAGAAACGAUGGGAUUAAGGCGUCUGAUGUCCUGCCUGUGCUGAAAGAGAAAGUGGCCUUUGUGUCAGGAGGUCGUGAUAAGAGAGGUGGCCCCAUACUGACCUUCCCUGCCAGAAGCAACCAUGACAGAAUAAAACACGAGGAGCUGCGGCAGCUGGUGACGUACCUCUCCACUGUGCCCAGUGAGGAUGUGUGCAAGCGAGGCUUCACGGUCAUCAUUGAUAUGCGCGGCUCCAAGUGGGACCUGAUCAAGCCUCUACUGAAGACCCUGCAGGAGGCCUUCCCCGCCGAGAUCUGCGUGGCGCUGAUCAUCAAACCCGACAACUUCUGGCAGAAGCAGAAGACCAACUUUGGCAGUGCCAAGUUCACAUUUGAGACUAGCAUGGUGUCAGUGGAGGGCCUGACUAAGUUGGUGGACCCGUCCCAGCUGACGGACGACUUUGAGGGCUCUCUGGAGUACAACCACGAGGAGUGGAUGGAUCUGCGCGUGGCCCUGGAGGAGUUCAUGGGCUCUGCCGUUCACCUCCUCUCCCGCCUGGAGGACCUCCAGGAGCUGCUGGCCAAGAAGGAGUUCCCGGUGGACGUGGAGGGCUCCCGGUGCCUCAUCGACGAGCACACGCAGCUCAAGAAGAAGGUGAUGAAGGCUCCUGUGGAGGAGCUGGACAGAGAAGGCCAGAGGCUGCUUCAGUGUAUCCGGUCUAGUGACGGGUUUUCUGGGAGGAACUGCAUCUCGGGCAGCGCUGACUUCCAGAGCGUGGUGCCUAAGAUUGCCAGCCUGCUGGACAAGCUGCACUCCACCAGACAGCACCUGCACCAGAUGUGGCACGUCCGCAAGCUCAAGCUGGACCAGUGUUUCCAGCUCCGCCUCUUUGAGCAGGACGCAGAGAAGAUGUUUGACUGGAUCAGUCACAAUAAGGAAGUGUUCCUACAGAGCCACACAGAGAUCGGAGUCAGCUACCAGCACGCCGUGGACCUCCAGACGCAGCACAAUCACUUUGCCAUGAAUUCUAUGAACGCCUAUGUGAACAUCAACCGGAUCAUGUCGGUGGCGACCCGGCUGUCGGAGGCGGGCCACUACGCCUCGCAGCAGAUCAAACAGAUCUCGGCCCAGCUGGACCAGGAGUGGAAGAGCUUCGCCGCCGCCCUGGACGAACGCAGCACCAUCCUGGCCAUGUCGGCCGUCUUCCACCAGAAGUCGGAACAGUUCCUGGCUGGGGUGGAGGCCUGGUGCAAGAUAUGCAGUGAAGGGGGGCUGCCCUCGGAGAUGCAGGACCUGGAGCUGGCCAUCCACCACCACCAGACCCUCUAUGAACAGGUGACCCAGGCCUACACCGAGGUCAGUCAGGAUGGCAAGGCCCUGCUGGAUGUCCUCCAGAGACCACUGAGCCCAGGGAACUCGGAGUCUCUGACGGCCACAGCCAACUACUCCAAGGCGGUCCACUGUAUCCUGGACGUGGUCCACGAGGUCCUGCACCACCAGAGACGCCUGGAGAGCAUCUGGCAGCACCGCAAGGUCCGCCUGCACCAGAGGCUACAGCUCUGUGUGUUCCAACAGGACGUCCAACAGGUGAUGGACUGGAUAGAGAACCAUGGAGAGGCCUUCCUUAGCAAACACACAGGCGUGGGCAAGUCRCUCCACCGCGCCAGGGCACUACAGAAACGCCACGACGAUUUUGAGGAGGUGGCACAGAACACCUACACCAACGCAGACAAGCUCCUGGAGGCGGCCGAGCAGCUGGCCCAGACUGGGGAAUGUGACCCGGAGGAGAUCUACAAAGCAGCGCGACACCUGGAGGUCAGGAUCCAAGACUUUGUCCGGCGGGUGGAGCAGAGGAAACUGCUGCUGGACAUGUCUGUCUCCUUCCACACCCACACCAAGGAGCUGUGGACGUGGAUGGAGGACCUGCAGAAGGAGCUGGUGGAGGAGGUGUGUUCAGACUCAGUGGAGUCAGUCCAGGAGCUCAUCAAGCAGUUCCAGCAGCAGCAGACGGCCACCCUGGAGGCUACGCUCAACGUCAUCAAGGAGGGAGAGGACCUCAUCCAGCAGCUCAGGGACGCUGCAAUGUCCACCAACAAGAUGCCCCACAACAGCUCCAUCGCCCACAUCGAGAGUGUCCUGCAGCACCUGGACGAGGCCCAGGGCCAGAUGGAGGAGCUGUUCCACGAGAGGAAAAUCAAACUGGAUAUCUUCCUGCAGCUACGCAUCUUUGAGCAGUACACCAUCGAGGUGACGGCGGAGCUGGACGCGUGGAACGAGGACCUGCUGCGCCAGGUGAACGACUUCAACUCGGAGGACCUGACCCUGGCCGAGCAGCGGCUGCAGCGCCACACGGAGCGCAAGCUGGCCAUGAACAGCAUGACCUUCGAGGUGAUGCAGCAAGGACAGGACCUGCACCAGUACAUCAUGGAGGUCCAGGCCUCAGGCAUUGAGUUGACUGGGGAGAAAGAGGUGGAUCUGGCCACUCAGGUCCAGGAGCUGCUGGAGUUCCUCCAUGAGAAGCAGCAUGAGCUGGACGUCAGCGCUGACCAGACCCAGAAGAGACUGCAGGAGUGUCUGCAGCUCCGCCACCUGCAGUCAGAGGUCAAACAGGUCCUGGGCUGGAUCCGGAACGGGGAGUCCAUGCUGAACGCCAGCAUGGUGAAUGCCAGCUCGCUGUCAGAGGCAGAGCAACUGCAGAGGGAGCAUGAGCAGUUCCAGCUGGCCAUCGAGUCCCUGUUCCAUGCCAAUUCCCUCCAGAAGACCCACCAGAGUGCCCUGCAGGUGCAGCAGAAGGCUGAGGUCAUGCUCCAGGCGGGCCACUUUGACCCGGACGGCAUACGGGCCUGCGCCGAGAAGGUGGCCAUGCACUGGCAACAGCUCAUGCUCAAGAUGGAGGAUCGUCUCAAGCUGGUCAACGCUUCUGUGGCCUUCUACAAGACCUCAGAGCAGGUGUGCAGUGUGCUGGAGAGUCUGGAGCAGGAGUACAGGAGGGAUGAGGACUGGUGUGGUGGCCAUGACAAGCUGGGAGCCAUGGCCGAGACUGACCAUGUCAUCCCCCUCAUCAGCAAACACCUGGAGCAGAAGGAAGCCUUCCUCAAGGCAUGCACGUUGGCCAGGAGAAAUGCUGAGGUAUUCCUGAAGUAUAUCCACAGGAACAACGUGGGUAUACCUGGUGCUUCAGGCCACGCCAGAGGACCCGAGCAGCAGGUUAAAGCCAUCCUCAAUGAGUUGCUCCAGAGGGAGAACCGGGUUCUGCACUUUUGGACCAUGAAGAAACGGCGCCUGGACCAGUGCCAGCAGUACGUGGUGUUCGAACGCAGUGCCAAACAGGCCUUAGACUGGAUCCAGGAAACAGGAGAGUAUUACCUCUCCACUCACACCUCCCCUGGAGAGAGCGGCGAGAGGAGUCAGGAACUGCUGAAGGAGUACGAGGAAUUCAGAGUCUCCGCCAAGCAAACCAAGGAGAAGGUGAAGCUCCUCAUUCAGCUGGCCGACAGCUUUGUGGAAAAGGGCCAUGUGCACGUCACUGAGCUGAAGAAGUGGGUCACCACYGUGGACAAGCGCUACCGAGACUUCUCCCUCCGGAUGGGGAAGUACCGUUCUAGUUUGGAGAAAUCACUGGGCAUCAGCUCCGAGGAUAAUAAGGACUUGGAGCUGGACAUCAUCCCAGCCAGCCUGACUGAUCCUGGGGAGGUGAAGCUCCGCGACCCCAACCACGAGGUCAACGAGGAGAAGAGGAAGUCAGCCAGGAAGAAAGAGUUCAUAAUGGCUGAACUCCUUCAGACUGAGAAGGCCUAUGUCAGGGACUUGCAUGAAUGUUUAGAGACGUACCUGUGGGAGAUGACAAGUGGGGUGGAGGAGAUUCCUCCUGGCAUCGUCAACAAGGAGCACAUCAUCUUUGGCAACAUCCAGGAGAUUUAUGAUUUCCAUAACAGCAUUUUCCUCAAAGAGCUAGUGAACUAUGAGCAGCUACCUGAAGAUGUGGGCCAUUGUUUUGUCACAUGGGCUGAUAAAUUCCACAUGUACGUCAAUUACUGUAAAAACAAACCGGAUUCCAGCCAACUCAUCUUGGAGCAUGCUGGAAGCUUCUUCGAUGAAAUCCAGCAGCGACACGGAUUGGCCAACUCCAUCUCCUCGUACCUUAUCAAGCCAGUGCAGAGGAUCACUAAGUACCAGCUUCUCCUCAAGGAGCUGCUGACCUGCUGUGAGGAGGGGAAGGGGGAGAUUAAGGAUGGCCUGGAGGUUAUGCUUAGUGUCCCCAAGAGGGCCAACGACGCCAUGCACGUCGCCAUGCUGGAAGGUUUCGAUGAGAAUCUGGAUGUGCAGGGAGAGCUGUUCAUCCAGGACACGUUCCAGGUGUGGGAUCCCAAGUCUCUGAUCCGGAAGGGCCGGGACCGUCAUCUCUUCCUGUUCGAGAUCUCCCUGGUGUUCAGCAAGGAGAUCAAGGACUCGGCUGGACGCACCAAAUACGCCUUCAAGAGCAAACUGCUGACAUCAGAYCUGGGCGUGACGGAGCACAUUGAAGGGGACCCCUGUAAGUUUGCUCUGUGGGCUGGAAGGACCCCCUCAUCUGACAACAAGACUGUCCUCAAGGCUCCAGUAUUGAAGCAAAGCAGGAAGUGGAUCAAGAACAUCCGGGAGGUGAUCCAGGAGAGAUCAUCCACCUCAAGGGGGGCGCUGAAGGAGCCCAUCCACAUGCCCAAAACCCGGCCAAGCCACGCAACAACAGCAAGAGGGAUGGCUGGUGAGGAUGCAGACAGCCAGGGUGACGGCAGCAGCCAGCCAGACACCAUCUCCAUCCCCGCUUCUAGACUUCUCAGAAACACUUGGAACAACGACAGGCUCUCUGGAGGCUGUGAGUUGACAGUGGUGCUGCAGGACUUCAUGGCAGGUUGUUCCAGCGAGCUCAGCCUUCAGACGGGUCAGACGGUAGAGCUACUGGAGAGGCCCAGUGACCGCCCCGGCUGGUGUCUGGUGCGGACCACCGACCGUAGCCCCCCUCAYGAGGGCCUGGUGCCCAGCUCGGCCCUCUGUAUCUCRCACUCCCGCAGCAGCGUGGAGAUGGAGUGCUUCUUCCCCGCAGGGAAAGAGAACUACUCGGUCAGCGGGCCCGAAGGAGCGAAGACCGAGUCGGUGGCCAACCUGCAGUCCCAGGCCUCCCUGAGCUCCAUCCAGUCCAGCUCUCCGGGACCGAAGCGCUCGGGCAACACCCUCAAGAAGUGGCUGACCAGCCCUGUGCGUCGCCUCAGCCACGGCAGCAGCGUCAAGAAGUUCCCCAGCAAGCACAAGAAGAGGGACGGCCGCAAGAGCAUCGACCUGGGGCCGCCUGAGAGCUCCCUGCACGACGGGAGCGUAGACGAGAGGGGCAGGAAGGAGCGCACCCUGUCCAAGUCCUCUGGAAUGCAGAGCGGAGGAGAGGAGGAGCCGGAGGARGACUCUCACACCCCCCUCCCGCCCCCCAUGGAGAUCAUCAAGGACCCCUCGUCCCAGGAGGAGAAGAAUCUGGAGCCAGGUGCCUACCCCAGCUUCACCACUUUGACCCCUCCGGAACAGACCAGCCCAGCCCUGCCCAGGAACCCUGAAAUGGAUCAGAAGGCCAAAGCUCUGCGCGGACGCAUGUUUGUCCUCAAUGAGCUGGUGCAGACCGAGAAGGACUAUGUCAAGGACUUGGGGAUUGUAGUGGAGGGGUUCAUGAAGACGAUCGAGGAUAAGGGAGUCCCUGAAGAUAUGAAAGGAAAAGACAAAAUCGUUUUUGGGAAUAUUCACCAGAUCUACGACUGGCACAAAGAUUUUUUUGUCGGUGAGCUGGAGAAAUGUCUUGAAGACAACGAGCACCUUCCUGAGCUUUUCAUUAAACAUGAGAGGCGACUACACAUGUAUGUGGUUUACUGCCAGAACAAGCCCAAGUCUGAAUUCAUUGUCGCCGAGUACGACACAUUCUUCGAGGGCGUACAGCAAGAGGUCAGCUCAAGACUUGGCAUAAGUGACUUUCUCAUAAAGCCAAUUCAGAGAAUUACCAAGUAUCAGCUGCUUCUAAAGGACUUCUUAAAGUAUAGUUCCAAAGCAGGACUAGAUUGCCAAGAGAUGGAGAAAGCAGUUGGUUUAAUGUCCCAGGUCCCCAAGCUGUGCAAUGACAUGAUGAAUCUUGGCAGACUACAAGGCUAUGAGGGUAAGCUGACCAGCCAGGGUAAACUGCUGCAGCAGGAGACGUUCUUUGUAACGGAACAGGACACGGGCGUGUUGUCGCGCAGCAAGGAGCGCAGGGUCUUCCUCUUUGAGCAGAUCGUCAUCUUCAGCGAGCUCCUCCGCAAGGGCUCGUCCACCCCAGGCUACCAGUUCAAGAAGAGCAUCAAGGUGAGCUACCUGGGCUUGGAGGAGCAUGUGGACAARGACCCGUGUAAGUUUGUGCUGUCGUGUCGAGGCUCGGCCGAGCGCUUCACCCUGCAGGCGGCCAACCUGGACAUCAAGCAGGUGUGGGUCCAACAUGUCAGCCAGGUCCUGGAUGCCCAGAGCAACUUCCUGUCUGCCCUGCAGUCUCCCAUUGAGUACCACAAGGAGAAGGGUUGUUCCCAAUCCCUCACCAGAAACCCGUCGGGCAGUCGGCCCCCCAGUUCCAACAGCAGGCCCCUCUCCUCCUCCUCUGUGGGGGCAGAGAAGCCCCCCCUGGCAGGACCGGGUAGGACCCCAACUCCUCUCAAACUAUCUACCUCCAACGGCAGCUCCUGCUUUGACCCCAUGAAACACAGCGAACGCUAUGACUCCACGAGGCAUCAUGACGGCAUUGGAUGUAACGGCAUGUCCUCCACCAUGAUGGUGACCCAGGACUACAGUGCACUGAAGGAGAAUGAGAUCUGUGUGAUCCAGGGCGAGAUGGUGCAGAUCAUGGCCACCAACCAGCAGAACAUGUACCUAGUGUACCGGCCCGCCAACAGCCAGUCCCCUGCUGCCGAGGGCUGGGUCCCAGGCCACAUCCUGGGCCCCCUCAUUAAAACGCUCAAAGACAGUACUGCUGACGCAAGCAUCAAGAAAUCUCUUUCAUGGAAUACCCUGCGCUCGAGAAAGCGAGCGGAGAAGGAUAGCAGUGGCAAGGGUGAUGCAAAGGUUGAGAAUGGACUCCGUAAGCCCAAGGAGAUUCUCAGCACCAAGGUCACUGUCAAAGAGUCAAACAGCUCAGAGGAGUCAGAUUGCGAUGAUGAACUCCCCAAAACUAGCAUGGAGAUAAUGAAUCCCAAUUUUAUACAAGAAGUUGCUCCAGAGUUCCUGAUCUCACUAGCGGAUGUGACAUGUGCAUUCGGGGAGACGGUGGUCCUAUGCUGCAAAGUGUGUGGACGUCCCAAACCCAACAUCACUCUGAAAGGACCCGAUCAGAGCCUGCUUGUCAACAACAGCAGGUUCACUAUAAACAUUAGGGAUACGGGCGACAUUCUGCUCAAGAUCUGUAACCUGAUGCCCCAGGACACUGGCAUCUACACCUGUGUGGCCGUCAACGACCAUGGCACCGCCUCCUCCUCCGCCUCCAUCAAAGUGCAAGGUAUUCCAGCAGCACCUGCGAGGCCAGUGGCCCAGGAGGCCAGUAGCAAUGCAGUGAUCGUCCACUGGCUCCCCCCAGCCAGCUCAGCUAACUGUGCUGUGUCUAGCUACACAGUGGAGUACAGGCAGGAAGACUCCCUGGUGUGGCAGGAGUCGGUGGUCUCCACAGUAGAUGUGUGUGUGAAAAUUGAAGAUCUCAUUCCUGGGGGGCACUACCAGUUCCGGGUCAGUGCCAGUAACCCCUGGGGUAUCAGUCCGCCAAGCGAGCCCUCAAACAUGGUGACCCUGCCCAGCGGGACUUCCACAUAUGAUGGAACGGGCAUUCAGUGGAAAGGCAACUUUGAAUCGUCUUUCACAGAAAUUUGUGAGAUCGGACGGGGCCGAUUCUCUGUAGUGAGAAAGUGUCUGAACAAGGCCAGUAAGAAGGAGGUGGCUGUGAAGUACGUCACUAAGAAGAUGCAGAAGAAGGAGCAGGUAGCCCACGAGGCGGACAUCUUAUGCCACGUCCAGCAUCCUCAYCUGGUGGCUCUGACUGACACCUAUGAGUCCCCCACCUCCCUCAUGCUGGUCUUCGAGCUGCUGGAGGGCGGGAGGCUGCUGGACUACUUGGUGGCCCAUGAUGAGCUGAUGGAGGAGAAGGUGGCCUUCUUUGUGAAGGACACCUUAGAGGCAUUGCAGCACCUCCACACCUGCAGAGUGGUACAUCUAGACCUAAAGCCUGAGAACCUCCUGGUGGAUCUCCACGUGCCUGUUCCCUGCAUUAAGCUCAUAGACUUUGGAGAUGCGGUCCAGGUGUCUGGCCACCGUUAUGUCCACCUGCUCCUGGGGAACCCAGAGUUUGCUGCUCCGGAGUUGAUCCAGGGCACCCCGGUGUCGCUGAGCACGGACGUGUGGAGCGCCGGUGUCCUGGCCUACGUCAUGCUGAGCGGCGUCUCGCCCUUCCUGGACGAGAGCCUAGAGGAAACGUGCGUCAACAUCUGCAAGCUGGACUUCUGCUUCCCCGAGGACUACUUCCAGGGAGUGAGUCAGGCAGCCCGGGACUUCAUAAGCUCUACCCUGCAGCAGGACCCCAGGAAGAGGCCCAGUGCCACCACCUGUCUCCAGCAUCCCUGGGUGGGCGCCCACAGUGGAGACUAUUCCAAGAACCCACUGGACACUGGUCGCCUGGCCUCCUUCAUCGACAGACGGCGGCAGCUGCACGAUGUGCGCCCCGUCACCAACAUCAAGGGACUGGUGACKAGUAGCAUGGGACACACCCUAUAAACACCCCAUGAACACACAGGUGGAAUGAAAACACACUGUUAGCAGUACUACAGGACUCUGCCAUUGAUACAUGGUUCCCCAUGAAAAUGUAACUCUGGAUAGGGGAUAAUAACUUGUCAACAAACAUGUGAUGUGGAUAUCAUGUCUGUGUUCAAAAUGCCAGUAGACAAGACAUUGACAUUUGAUUCAUUGAGAUGUUUCAGAGCUGUAGUAUGAAGCCAUAGAAGCCAUAUUACUCUUGUUGUGUCCAUCUAUUGUAAAUGCCAACAUUUCUAAAUAUCAUCCUUGGAAAUUAUAARUAUCAGAGAAAGAUCUAUGAGAGGUAGUAUAACUGUUGAAUGUAAUUUAUUGUAGAACGUGGUUAACACUUGAGUAAGUGCUAUUGUAUGUGAAGAAAUAUUCAGCAGUGGUUCCCAAACUGUGGGUUCGGCAAGGGGGCGCAGAGCAGUACCAGUUAAAAAUGUUCUUUAUUUUAUUUCUAUUUUCUACAUUGUAGAAUAAUAGUGAAGACAUCAAAACUAUGAAAUAACACAUAUGGA